GUUUUUGUUGGAGUACUUCUUUGGUUUACCUCGUUUUUCUCACCCUUGGCUGUCAUUUGGGCGAUUUUGUUCUAUUGCUUUUUUUUUUUUUCCUUUUUUGAAUUUUAAAGUUGUCGUUCUGUGGGGUUUUUUUUUUUUUCUUUCUGUAAAAUCUUUGUAUUAGAAUCUUGAAAUAUUUUGGAUUGAUGACAGUUUCUAUGAUUUUUGUGAUUUUUGAUUGUUAGUCAGUGUUGGGAUAGUUCGUUGGCAUUUCUUAUGUUUUGUUAUUUUUUAUGUAUGUUGAUAUAUUUUUACUUUUGUCACGAUUUUAGUUUUAUUAUAAAGAUUUCAAAUUUUAAUUACACUUCUGCAGUAGGCUAUUUUCACUCAGCUUUUACUCAAAGCUUUUGUCUUUUAAAAUAAUGUCUCCGUUUUGGAUUGUGCCUAUAAGAACUACUUGCUUUCAAUUAAAUUUAGUGCAUUUGCAGAACCUUUUUUUCCCUGCUUCAAAUGAAUUUUAGUAUGUACAGAACAAGAAAUCUGGAAAUUUAUUAAGAAGAAUCCUGAAGCCUCUCCUUUACACACCAAAUGUUAGUCAUUGCUAGUCUCAAAGGCACUUCAUGUAUUCGUGACGUGAGAAUUGCAACAACAAAGCAGGUUGCGGAGAUGGAAAGUAUUUUGCAAGAACACAAUCUUGCAGUGCCACCACGGGAAGUUCUCACAGCUCUUGCAGAAAAGUUCAGUAAUUCUGCAGAUCGAACCGGAAAGAUUGUAGUGCAAAUGAAGCAAGUGUGGAAUUGGUUCCAAAAUAGGAGGUAUGCCAUUAGGGCAAAAUCAAACAAGGCUCCUGGACCAGGGAAAUUAACUGUUUCGACUGUGCCUCGAGAGGAUCCUAUUCCAGUAAGAAAUGUGCCUCAACCUCUGCCUGCUCCUUCAGGAAGGAAUUCAGUGGACGGUGCUCAAAUGGAGUUUGAAGCUAAAUCUGCAAGAGAUGGUGCAUGGUAUGAUGUUGCAAGUUUUUUAUCUCAUCGAUAUUUUGAGACGGGUGAUCCGGAAGUUCUAGUUCGGUUUUCUGGAUUUGGGCCAGAGGAGGAUGAGUGGGUCAAUGUUCGAAGGCAUGUCAGACAGCGCUCUCUCCCAUGUGAAUCAUCAGAAUGUGUUGCAGUUCUUCCUGGAGAUCUCAUACUCUGUUUUCAGGAAGGUAAAGAGCAGGCUCUUUACUUUGAUGCUCAUGUUCUUGAUGCCCAACGGCGGAGGCAUGAUGUGAGAGGUUGUCGUUGUAGGUUUCUGGUGCGCUAUGAUCAUGAUCAAUCCGAGGAAAUAGUGCCUCUGAGAAAGGUGUGCCGUCGCCCUGAAACCGAUUACAGGCUGCAACAGCUGCAUGCUGCUAACGAGUCUGCAUCCUUGGACCAGCAGAAAACUGCUGCUGCUCCUACUGCGGGCGGUGACUUAAGAGUUCACACUACUACUGAAAUGACACAGAAGCAGCGCAAAGCUGAGGAGAAUGCAGAUGUUUCAGUGGCGGGUGCUCCUGCUUCUCAUGAGAGUAAUGUGCCCGUGACAACAGCUGGAACAACAAAUUUGGAAACAAAAAAUGCUGAAACAAGCUGCACUGGUAAUGUUGGAAACUCUGAUGCUACACCAGGCAAUGCUGCAUUUGCAAGUGUUACAAACGUGAGCACCAUCGCUGGAGACACAGGUGAAAAUACGCCCGAGGGAAAAUAGUAGGUAGAUCUGACAAUUUUUGGAAUGGUGCUCCUUUUGAAUUGAUUUUUGCAGCUCCAAUAUAUGUAAUUUUUUUGUAUGAUAAUUGUAUUCAUUUUUGUUUCAUAUUUGGUGCUGUUCUCCCACGACUUGGUUGUUUUUCCUUUGGCAAAAUGAUCGAGUAUUCUUUUGUUCUGAUUUUUUCCCACCUCUUAUGCUUGCUUUGAAUGCUGAAAAGCAACAGGAGACGGAGAUCACCUUAUGAUUACAUGCCAACCUAAGAGACUUCAUGUCCAAA